AUCUUUCGGAAUACUUACAAAACGCUAUUAUGGAACGUGAUAAUCUUGUCAACACUGGCAAAUCAUCUACCGGUAUAUCUUCCUUUUUACGUGAAACAGUUGAUAAUAUCAAGGGUGUAGAUCAAGAGCAAGCGAAAAGAGAACGCUUGCAAAAGCUUGAUGCAAAAAUUGCUGAGGCAACUAUAUAUUAUUUUAUUGAUUAUUUAUAUUCCUAUAAAGGCGAUAAAAUGAAUUUAACUAAAGAAGUUGAGAAUAGCAAUGAUGUUUCUGAUCAAUUUUCCUUAGAAGUUGCUAAAGAAUACGAGAUAUUUCAAAUCGCCAAGAAUAUUGAGAUGAAGGAUUGUUUACUUGCAUAUGCUGACAGCCAC